CAGUGCCGUUUCCCGUCUUGUUCCGGACUUGCUGCCUGCCAUUGCCCGGAGCUUGCGUCGACCGUGAAGAUCAGCUGCCAGAAAUGGAUCCUACCAAAAAGAGCUCAUCCGCCGUCUGCCACGUGGUGGCGAUGCCAUAUCAACCCCGCUCGAGGCCAUAUCAACCCCAUGAUGAACCUUUGCAAGCAACUGGUUUUGAAAAGCCCAUCCAUCCUCGUCACCUUCGUCGUCACCGAGGAGUGGCUCGGCUUCAUCGGCGAAGAACCUAAGCCGGCUACCAUACGCUACGCCACGAUACCCAACGUCAUACCCUCCGACCAUGAUCGUGCUAAAGAUUUUUCCCGCUUCUUUCAGGCCAUCAAUACAAAGAUGGAAGCGCCCUUUGAGGAGCUGCUGGACCGGCUUGAGCAUCCGGUGAGUGCCAUAGUGGCCGAUACUUAUAUGACUUGGGUCGUCAGACUGGGGAACCGGAGGAAUAUUCCGGUGGCGUCAUUAAUCACCAUGUCCGCGACGGUGUUCUCGGUGCUUCACCAUUUCGAGCUCCUAGUGCGGAACGGCCAUUUCCCGGCUGAACUGUCAGGUGAGAUGCUUUCAAAACCUCUUUCUCUAUCAAAUUUUGCCCUGCCAGCGUGCCUUGUGGUCCUGUGGAUUAGAGAAUGGACCAGACACCGCGCGUGUCCAACUAUUCAGGUUCCAGAAGGCAUAUUGCAGCAAUUCAUAGGAGCAAAGCCACCUUCUUUGAUUGUGAUCUGGAUCUUACACCUAGUGGAGACGAUCGUCCAUAAGAGAAUGUGGCAUAUGCUAGUGCUAUUGCUCCUACACCGGUGGGUACUUCCACCCUUAGAGAUGCUACAUUUUGUGCAAGUAGUCAACUCCCAAUAGAUAUAAAGGAUGGGGAUAUGUUCAACGAAGAGGAGGAUAUGCCCAUUGAGCACGAUCGACCACCACGGCCUUCUAAAAAAAGGUCAUGUACAUGGGAGCAUUUCACUAAAAUUCCUGGUGAUUGUGCGAACCUAUAAGCAAGAUGUCACCACUGUGGGUAACUUCGUGGUUGCCAUUCGAAGAAGCAAGGCACCAGUGUGUUAAUAGCACAUCUAAAUGGUUGCCAAAGAUAUAAGAUCGCGAAGGGAUUGGACGUCACUUAUCAAACCAAGCUCAGUUACAAAACUUCUACAACCACUGUUGGUACACAGGUUAAGAAAUUGGUCAUCCCUCAAUACAGUGAGAAUAUUUUGGGGGACAUGUUUGCAGAGAUGAUAAUUACUGAUGAGAUGCCAUUUAUCACAGUCGACAAAGAGGCUUCCGAAAGUUAGCCACAAUUUCUCAUUCUAUCACGGUAUACGGUGAUGCGAGAUUGUAUGAAAAGACAAUGGAAAUAGAAGGUAGAGAUAAAGAAGAUGUUUAUUAUCACUAACCAGAGAGUGUCAUUUAUGACUGACACAUGGAUGUCCAUACAGAAUGUCUACUAUAUGGAUAUUACAGCACACUACA